AUGACGGAUCAGACAUUCUCCAUCGCAUCUCCGGGUAAUUUCAACUUUGAGGAGACCAGCUCCUGGCCGCAAUGGAUGAGACGGUUUGAGAGGUUUCGGCGGGCGUCCGGACUCGAUGGAAAAGCGGAGGAUUAUCAAGUCAACUCCCUGCUGUACGUGAUGGGGGACAGGAGCGAUGACAUCCUCGACACAUUACCGCUCUCUGACCAACAAAAGGCAGUGUAUGCAGACGUGACAAGAGCCUUUGGGGAACAUUUCAUCGCAGAACACUGUAAGUUUGGAGCUUUAAUGGAGGAAAUGAUAAGAGACCACAUCGUGGUUGGAAUAAGAGAUUCCAGGCUCUCAGAGAGACUGCAGUUAGACCCAGACCUGACGCUGGCUAAAACCAUAACCCAGGCCUGGCAGCAAGAGGAAAUAAAAAAACAACAGCAGCUGCUGCGAGGGGGCCACACCGAAAGUAAAGGGGCUAAUGUGGAUGCCAUAAACACCAAUAGAGGGAGACCACGCUAUAGACAGACACCCCCACGCAGGCCAGAGCAGUUCAUGUCCAUGAGGAAAAAUGUAAGAGAUGCGGCAAGGGCCCGCAACACCCUUGGAAACGGUGCCCAGCCAAGGAGGCGGUGUGUCGGAAAUGUAAAAAAAAAGGGACACUUUGCUGCAGUUUGCAGAUCAUCACAGAGAGUGGAAACAUUAGUGGAGAGCGACCCAGAAGAGGACAUAGCUUUUAUGGGGUCUGUUAACACUGAUGAGACUGAGGAGGAACGGCUGAAAAAACUCAAUUUUAAUGGAGAAAAUGUGACGUUCAAACUGGAUACAGGAGCUUCAGUCACAGCGGUUCCAGCUUCUAUGUAUUCCGAAGUGCGGGAUGGCAGCUUGCUGGCACCUUCUAAAAAGAUUAAAGGUCCUGAUAACUGCCCUUUAAAAGUCCUGGGGGUCAUGAGAGCACACAUCAAAUCUGAAAAAACAGAAACAAGACAGGAUGUGUAUGUGGUGUCAAACCUAGUGAUGCCUUUAAUGGGACUCCCUGCCAUAAUAACGCUAAACCUGAUAAAGCAGGCCUUGGGAAGCUGGAAGGGGCAUGUAAAAAAAAAACUGAAAGAAGGAGCAGUCCCCUAUGCUCUCUCAGCCCCACGCAGAGUCCCUUUACCUAUGAAAGAACAAGUAAAACAAGAGCUAGAGAGAGUGGAAGCAAUGGGGGUUAUGAGGAGAAUCGAGGAGCCUACCGCAUGGUGCGCCGGGAUGGUGGUGGUUCCCAAGCCAAACAAAAAACCCCGCAUUUGUGUGGACCUCACUCGACUGAAUGAAAAUGUCUGCAGGGAACGUCACAUCCUACCUGCAGUGGAUGAUACGCUGGCUCAGCUGGAAGGGGCAAAAGUGUUUUCUAAAUUAGAUGCAACAUCUGGGUUUUGGCAGGGGCCACUACACAAAGAUUACCAGCCAUUAACAACUUUUAUUACCCCUUUUGGCCGAUAUUGCUUCCAGCGACUCCCUUUUGGCAUAUCGUCUGCACCAGAACAUUUUCAGUUGAGGAUCUCGCAGAUCAUCGCAGGAAAACAAGGAGCAUCGUGCCACGCGGAUGAUAUUCUAGUGUUCGGCAAAGACAAAGCAGAACACGACGAACGGCUACAGCAGGUGCUUAAAAGAUGUGAGAAGGCUGGCCUAACUCUCAAUGAAAAAUGUGAGUUUUCGGUGGAGAGAGUGAAGUUUCUAGGACACAACAUAAGUGCAACAGGAAUCGAGGCAGAUCCGGACAAAAUCAGCGCCACUGAAAACAUGCCCGAACCACGAAAUGUGGAAGAGGUCCGCCGUUUCCUGGGGAUGGUGAAUUAUGUUGGCAAGUUUUCAUCCAGCCUACCAGCCCUCACGAAACCUCUGCGAGACCUGCUAAAAAGUGACAGCACAUGGACGUGGGACGCUCAACAGAGGACAGCGUUUGAAAAGAUAAAAGAGGAACUGAGUUCUCCCCCAGUGCUGCUGGCACAGUAUAGUCCCACAAAGGAAACAAUGGUGUCAGCAGACGCGUCCUCAUAUGGACUCGGAGCGGUUCUUUUACAGCGGCAGGCGGACGACAGGUGGGACCUGUUAUGUAUAUAUCACGGAGCCUGACACCCACAGAGGUACAAUAUGCCCAGAUUGAAAAAGAGGCUCUUGCUGCAACGUGGGCCUGUGAACGACUCAGCUCAUACCUGCUAGGUUUGGAGUUUACAGUGAGAACCGACCACAAACCUCUGGUCUCCCUGUUCGGUUCUCGGGCCUUA